GAGGGUAAACGUCGCCGACUGACCUAUAAUGACUCGCUGCCUUGAGGAACAACUCCAAAGAAAAGGAAGAGCCUGAAUCCUCAGCAGAGAGAACUAGGUUGAACUUCGGGAAAGCUUCUCCCCAAACAGUGGCCACAGGUGUGUCAAUCCAGAGGCUCUGCAGAUCGGCAUGAUGGAGCCACGAUGCAAGAAGGUGCAGAUACAGCUGGUGAGGAUAAAGGUGGAGGACAUCAAGGAGGAGUACAUGAAGGUGGAGGACGUGAAGGAGGAGGAGCACGAUGUGGAGAUGAGAGAGGAGGACGCUGACAGAGGCAGGGGCCAGAGGCCAGUUAUCAGAGUGAAGGAGGAAGACGGCACAGACAUAGGAUUCCUGAUUCCAGUCAAAGUGCAUGGCAGUGAGUCUCCGCGUCAACCUUCCCAGAGUGCUGAUCCGUCUACAGUAAGGUUGCCGGUGAAGACUGCGAUUAACGUUAAGGAAGAGCAGUGGGACCAUCAGGUGUGUGCUGCUGAUGUAAAACUCGAACCAGCGCAGGUGAAACCCGAACCGGCGCAGGUGAAACUCGAACCAGCGCAGGUGAAACCUGAAUCUAUGGAGAGCAGUGUGGGACUAUACUCAACUCCCGGCAUUAAAGAGGAAAGUGAAGCAUCAUCUGUCACAACGGCGGAUCAGCAGUUUUGGAGGAAAACACAAGCAGCCAUUGAUCACGAGUUCUCAUGGGACAGUGAAACUGGUUCUCCUGUCGCCAGCAGCUCUCAUAGUGUCGGUCCCCAGAGGUGGGCAGUCGAGGGGUCCCUGCUGAAGCCUUGUGAAACGCAGCAGAAACGUCCGCAAAGCCACGCCGGUCCGCACGGGAAGUCCAAAAAGUCCAAAAAGUCGAGACAGGAAGCUGCUCUGUCCCCAGCCAAUCAGACUCUCCCAUCAGCACAGCCAAGGCAGCGCGAACAGCGCACGGAUGGGUCAAUGAGGUUGGCUGCUGUUAUGGACGCACUGUCUCGUCAGAUGAGCCGAUUCGCCUGCGAUGUCACAGACCAGCUCACGACCAUCAGCAACAGACUGGCUGCCAUGGAGAACACCAUGACAUCACUGGAGGCAUAGUUCACCACCUCUCUCCCCAGUCUCCACCUACUGAGGACAUGGUGAUCGUAACACAUGAGGACAGCUCCACUACACCUGCGAUACGGUUAUUGAUUCAUGCAGAAAACCCAUCUGUUUGAAUGCUCUGAUGUGCAGCAAUUCGCCUGUCACAUGUAGUAGAGAUGUAUCUAGAGAUGUCUUCUUUGCUCUCUGAGCGGAGAACUGAGUUUAUCUGAAGAAAACGGGGACUUAACAAUAACUUAUUUUAGUGUUCACACAUGAUUGUUCAGUAUUAUGGUGAACACUAAGUGUAAAGUGUAAAGACUUGUAAAGUCUUCUUUUGUUGUGGACGGUAAUGAAGUGCCACAAUGUCACUUCCAUUCUGUAUUUUGUAUUGAGUUCUAAAGUUUCAUUAUUUUUUUAUUUUUGAAAUAAACUUUUCAAACACUUUAA